AUGAGCGACGCGCAGGAAGCGACCAACGCCAUCUUCGAUGCGUACGAGUCGCGCCUGACCCGUAUCGGUGGACCGGCUGUCGGGAUCCAGUUGGCCUUGAUGGUUGGCGUCGGUCUCGCAGCCAUCAUCGGCUUCUCUGUCCUCCGACCCAACAACUCGGUCGUCUACCAGCCGAAGCUCAAGUAUGCCGCCGACGAUAAGCGGCCGCCGAAGAUCGGGAAGGGCAUCUUUGAUUGGGUCAGGCCGGUCCUGACGCUCAAGGAGCAGGAGAUGAUGGCCCUGAUGGGACUGGACUCGGUCGCCUACUUGCGGUUCCUGCGCAUGUGCCGCAACAUGUUCAUCUGCAUCGCCGCCUUGACUUGCGCCGUUCUCAUCCCGAUCAACGUUGUCUACAACCUCCGAUACGUCAAGGAGGACAACCGCAACUACCUACUUAUCCUGACGAUGAGCAAGGUCAAGGGCAACUGGCUUUGGGCGCACGUCGUCGCCACUUACGUCUUGACCUUCAUGGCCUUCUUCUUCAUCUGGACGAACUAUGAUGCGAUCGUCCGGCUUCGAUGGCAGUGGUUUCGCUCACCCGCCUAUCAGGACAUGCUCUACGCUCGCUCGCUUAUGAUCACGCAAGUCAACAAGAAGUUCCAGACCGACGCCGGUCUCGCCGGCCUCCUCGCCUCGCUCAACAUCCCCUACCCGACCAGCGCCGUCCACAUUGGCCGGCGCUUCGGUGCCCUGCCGGCGCUCAUCAAGAAGCACAAUGAGGCGGUCGAGGAGCUCGAGCAUGUCUUGACGACCUACUUCAAGAACCCGGAUCGGUUGCCUACGCAGCGUCCGGUCAAGCGCAUCGGCGGACACAUGGGCUUGGGCGGGCAGAAGUCGACUACCUUACCGAGAAGAUCAAGCGUCUUGAGCAGCGCAUCGAUGCGAGUCGCGCGCGCCCAAAUCCACGAGCGUAAGGCCGAGAACUACGGUUUCGCUUCGUUUGAGUCGGUCCCGUACGCCCACAUCGUCGCCAAGACGCUUCGCGGCAAGCGUCGUCACGGCGCACACUUCGACCUCGCUCCUCAGCCGAAGGACUUGAUCUGGGACAACUUGCAGAUGACUGACGCUGCGCGCACAAAGAACAAGUUCUUCGGCGGCAUCCUCCUCGUCCUCCUCUGCGGCUUCUACACGAUCCCGCUCGUCGCCGUCGCCCUCCUCGCCAACUUGGCCGCGCUCUCCGCCUACGUUGGGUUCAUCAACACCUGGGUCUCCGACUAUCCUUAUCUUUUCUCCGCGUUUGUCGGUAUCGUCCCGCCCAUUCUCACUUUCCUGCUGCAGAUGAUUCUCCCGAUGAUCAUUCGGUGGAUCGCCUCGUUGCAAGGCGCGACGACCCACUCUCAGUCAGACCGCAUUGUCACAGCCCGGUACUCGGCCUUCCUCUUCAUCACGCAAUUCAUCAUCUUCUCGCUUCUCGGAGUCAUCGUACAAGUUGUCUCGCAAAUCGUCAUCCAGAUUCAAGGACACGCCUCGGCUAGCAAGAUCUGGGACUACCUUCAGACCGUGCCGGACAAGCUGCAGAACACGUACAUGAUCCAGUCGACUUAUUGGUUGACCGUCUUCCCCCUUCGCGGCGCCUCUGCAUGCUUCGACCUCGCCCAGAUCAUCUCCCUCCUCGUCGUCUGGUUCAAAACGCGCAUGUUCGGCCGCACGCCCCGCGAGAUCCGCGAGGCAACCAAGCCGCCCUACUUCGACUUCCCCGUCUACUAUUCGAACCACCUCCUCGUCGUCGCCGUCGCCAUGGUGUAUGCGCCGAUCGCGCCGCUCGUCGGUCUCUUCGGCGCGGGCGUCUUUGCGGUCAGCUACUAUGUCUACAAGUACCAGAAUCUUUACGUCUCGGUGCCGAGGACGGAAACGGGCGGCAGGCUGUGGAACGUCGUCGUCAACCGCGUCUUGACCGCGUUGAUCCUCAUGCACAUCUUCAUGGCCGUCUCAAUCGGCUUGCAGACCAACUGGUUCUACGCCAUCGCGCUCGCCCCUCCAGCCGUCUGCGUCCUCAUCUUCAAGAUCAUCCUCGACCGCAAGUUCAUCGACCGCUUCCGCUGGUACAUCCCUGGCGAGGUCGAGAUGGCCGAGGUUCACAUGCACCGCGCCGACGCCCGCAAGAAUCGCCUCGAGAAGCGCUUCGGCCACGACGCCCUCUCUGAACCGCUCUGGACGCCCAUGCUCCACAAGAACGUCCAGCAUCUCCUGCCGACGAUCUACAACGGCCGUAUCGAGCAGGGUGAGACCAAGGUCGGCGGCAAGACGGUCGAGCAGAACGUGGCGGGUGGCCUUACCUUCGCGAUGAUGGAGGCGCACGACCUUACGGUUGACCGAGCGGCAUACCUCAGGGAGCGUGAGGAGGACGAGAUGACCAUCUCGACGGCGUUCAACAACCGCGCGCACCGUCCGGGCGCGCCGAGUGUCGCAGGGACCGACGUCGACGACUACUUUGCUGGGCGUCACGCUGAGUACCUCAAGCACGGCGCCGCCAUGAGCCGCUCCGGCACGCCGUUCAACCCUGGCACGCCCGAGGAGCUGCCCGCCGAGCUGCAGCGGAUGCCGACGUACGACGACCAGACGCCCGGAUCCUUCUUCGGCAUGGACGGCCGCACUACGCCCAACGCCUCGACCGACAACCUCAUCCAGCACGCGCAGCCCUACCAGUACCCGCCUUCGUACUCCUCACCGGAUCGUUCUUUGCCUCACCACGCUCGCGGCAUGUCUGGCUCGCCUCGCAUCGGCGGUCCUCCCGUCGGCCACCGCACGAACGCCAGCCAGACGUCCUUCUCGAGCCUCUCGGGUGCUGGCGCCUACGAGCCGGGUAUGCAGCAGGCGCACCCGCUCGACCUCGCGCAGUACGGCCGCCAGGGCCCGCCACCUCCCGUCGGCAUGGCUCGCGGUCCCGGCGCCAGGUCCGCUUCGGUGGACAGCUACGCUGGUCAGUGGCAGCCGCAGCACACCGCGGCAAGGUCCCAGCAGUCUAUCGACUUUGCCUACGGCGGCGCUGCUCCUCGCGGCGACCCUCGUCGGAUGUCGGGACCGUACGGCGGUGCUGGCGGACCGCAGGAGCGGCUGGCGCAGGGCGUGAGCGCUGCUCCAGCGGCAUACGGUGCGGCGGCGUACGCCGACUUUGGCAGCGGCGGCGCGCCGAGAUAUGCCCCGCUGAACCCUGACGGAUCGGAGUCGACGGAGUACCUUCCGCAGCGAAGGCGCUAG